AUGGAUAACGAGAAGGAAACGCAAGAAUUAUGGAAACGAAGUAAUGCAGAACUUAUCAACGGAUUGAUUGGAAUGGAUCUUGGAAAGCUCACUAGAGCUGGUAAAAGGAGUAUAUCAACAAUGAAAAGAAAUGCCGAAUUGAUAAACGGUUUGAUUGGUAUGAAUCUUAAUCGAUUGGAAUCAAAUGGACGUCGCCGUUAA